CGUGUGGUGCUUGCAUUGCAUGGAGACAUGAAACCAACCAGUGAAUGAGAUGGGUCCAAUCGGUGCACCACAGGGCUUUCCCGUCCCAUCAUAGAAAGGCACACGCCCAGCAUGUAAGAAGGCAGUCAGUGGGUGUGAGUGUGUCUCUGAUGUGAGGCCAAGCGCCCACAGAGAGACAUGUACACAAACAGACUAUGAAUGCAUACGUCCUGCGCCUUCAACAGAAACCAUAGCCCUCGGACCGUACAAGACCACCAAAAAUACUACACACACAUAGCAUUCAGUACACGCACCCACGACAACAACCUGCCUAGCACACAUGGCAGGCAGCUACCGAUCUCGUCUCGCAUCGCAUACUUCCUUCCCAUCCCCUGCCGAGGUGAACAAACGACUCUGCCGACUCUCUGCAGGUGGCGACACGCACCAUUUCUCGCUGUCCGUAGCAAGCAGCAAACCUCCAGGAUGCACACACUACACGUACUACGCAUACCCACGAUAGAAAAGGACACCACAGAAACUGACGACCAGCAUACUAUUCAUCUCUGUCUGUCUCGCAUCGCAUGCUCCCGUCCCAUCCCCUGCCAUGCACCAAAUAAACUGACUAAGAAGCACACGACGAAUCGACCAGAGCCCCAAGGCAGACACAAACGCCUCUCUCUACCCGGUGCAUCCAAAUGCGACGAUUGGUCAAUAGUCGCCGUCGGCGUCGGGUCUGUCCGGCUGGUUGGCAAUGCCUAUGAAACGGUACAACACAAAGCUUCGCAGCGUGUGACGCACGCCUUGUCACCAUACCUUCGUCUGUAACGAACGCACUGGGUGCGGCCACUGGCAUGUAACAAAUGACGACUGGCGGCUCACAUCCAACCUCAUAUUCUUCCGCAUACACAACAACACUCUGAACUCACCGACAAACCAACCCAGAGGAUACAGCAGCGGCUUUGUUGUCCUGUCUUUUGUCUGAAGUGUUACCGCCGUUGUCGUCUUGUUCUUGUGUGCCAUCACGUAUGCUUCCAAGAGAGAGCCACCAUCGGCAAUGAAGAUUCUAACGCUAUCCCAGUAGCAUCCGGCCGGCUCAUCAGGGACACAAUUUGGCCCGGGACAGCCGACGGGAGGUUGGGGUGUCUCGCUGGACGAAUGUCUUUCGCUGCAAAAGGGGAUGCUGAGUGCCGUGUCGGCCAUCUGUUUUCUGUGUACUGUUUACCCGUCAACCCAUGUGUAGAUGUCUGCGUCGCCAGUAUGCGAUUUGGCUGCGACUACCACUUGGGAGAAGCCAUCAUCCCAAACUUGAUUCUGCAGCAUUCAACAGGGAAGAUCCGCAGCCCGAAUGCAAUCGUGUGAUGUGUGCUGACCAGAUCAAUGGAGAUUUUCCUGUAAUCGCGGGUUGCGUUGAACGGCUCAAUGGUUGCGUUGAAAGCCUCAAGCGUCGGGCACUCCUCUUGGGACACCUGCACUCUUCUAAGGCGUGGAUCUGCAGCCUCCCCUGUCGCCAAAAAAGAUUGAGAGUGAAGAAUACAUGCGAGGAGAAGAAGAGUCGAAGCAGGCAUCUUGAGCAGUCGGUGUGAGCGCCAAUAUAUA